GGUCGAGGACGGUGUUUACAUGCAAUGUAGUCGCGGUUUUAUCUCAGACAAUUAACACUGUGUGUUUAAAAUAGAUUCGUUUAGUAAAAAAUCGCACGAUAUGCGUGACAGUUUAGUCCCUGUUGUAAAACUUCACGCGGACGGAUACUGCUCUUCUGCGACUUUAGGUGGAGUGACGCGUCCUGCUCGAGGGAAGAGAGAGCACGAGAGAGAGAGAAGUUCAGAGUUACCUCACAGUGACUUCAUGGACGGGAAAAAAGGUUGCAAAAAUCUCAAUUUUUAUGGAUUUACCCGCUCGGACCGGUGACUGUGAGAACGAAUGAGGGUUUCGACGCGAUUUUAGAGUCAGUUUUUGUACGUUUCCGUGCCGACAAGUUGAAAAUUAGGUGUUUUUUUUUUCAUUUAUCGAGUUGAACGUAAGUCCUGAGGUAACUCGCCUCGCGCUCGCGACGCUUAUGAGGAUUUCUCUCAGAAAAAUAUGGGCCGAUUUCCCGGUGUCUCUUCGGGCAAAGUCAUUUUCUUCAUAGUUUCCUGGAUUCCUGUUUCAUAUGCUCUGCAGUGCGUGGAUCUCGUAAACCCGUGCGUGAACAAUGCGAGCUGUGUCACCUACCCCAACGGAACCGGAUACUGCAGGUGUCCUCCGGGUUACCUGGGUGAAUACUGCCACCAUAAGGACCUGUGCCAGCCGGAUUUCUGUUUGAAUGGAGGGACAUGUAAGAUGGCGAGCAGCGGCCUGCCCAGUAACCCUGUGUGUGAAUGUCCACUCGGGUUCUCCGGCUCGCGCUGUGAAAUGCAGAUAGAGUCAUCAUGUUACCCCAAGAACCCCUGUAGCAAUGGGGGCACCUGCUCCCUCCAGCCCUAUGACCAGUACACCUGCCAUUGCAUACCUGGAUGGACAGGUGCUCGCUGUGAACUGGUGGACAGCUGCGGCUCCUCUCCGUGUGCCAAAGGUGGAACCUGCACAUCUCUUCCUGAUGGAAAGUUCUCCUGCAAGUGUCAGCCCGGCUACGAAGGGUCUCGCUGCCAGAACGACGUGGACGAGUGUGCGCAGAAGCCAACUCUGUGCCAAAAUGGUGGGGUGUGCAAGAACAUCCUUGGCUCUUACCGUUGCAGCUGCCCCGCUGAGUUUACGGGGUCCAGAUGCGAAAAGAUGUACGUCCCCUGUUCUCCGUCACCCUGCAUGAAUGGUGGAACCUGCAGGCAGACGUCUGAGACCUCCUACUUCUGCCACUGUCUUCCAGGAUUUAAUGGAACGAACUGCGAGGUAAACAUCGAUGAUUGUCCGGAUCAUAAGUGUCAGAACGGAGGAACCUGCAUGGAUGGAGUGAACACCUACAACUGCCAGUGUCCACCUGAGUGGACCGGUCAGGAUUGCACGGACGACGUGGACGAGUGUCGCCUGCAACCCAACACCUGUCAGAACGGCGGCACUUGCAGCAACACGCCUGGCGGCUACACCUGUGUGUGUGUGAACGGCUGGAGCGGACCGGACUGCUCGGAGAACAUCGACGACUGUGCCGCCCACCCCUGCUCCAACGGCUCCACCUGCUUCGACCGAGUUGCGUCUUUCUUCUGCAGCUGCCCCUUCGGCAAGACCGGUCUGCUGUGUAGCAUCGAUGAUGCCUGCAUUAGUAACCCGUGCAGGGUGGGCUCUCAGUGCGACACCAAUCCUCUGAACGGCAAGUUCAACUGCAACUGUCCUUUCGGAUACAAAGGCACCACCUGCAACGAAGACGUCAACGAGUGCACCAUCGGGCCGAACCCAUGUGAGCAUGGCGGCACAUGCGAGAACACGGCUGGUUCGUUCACUUGUAAGUGCGCACGUGGGUACACAGGACCCCGGUGCGAGCAGGAUGUGAACGAGUGCAGCUCGAACCCCUGCCUAAACGACGCCACCUGUCUGGACCAGAUCGGUGAUUACACCUGCAUCUGUAUGCCAGGUUUCCAAGGAGUCCACUGUCAGGAUGAAGUGGACGAGUGCGCCAGUUCACCCUGCCUCAAUAACGGAAAGUGUCGGGAUCAGGUCAGCCGCUUUGUCUGUGACUGUCCUCAGGGCUUCACAGGAGAUAUGUGCCAGUUCGACACAGACGAAUGUGCGAGCACGCCAUGCCAAAACGGGGCCAAGUGCAUUGACCAGCCCAACGGCUAUGAGUGCGAGUGUGCAGAAGGUUUCACCGGUCCGCUGUGUUCGGAAAACAUCGAUGACUGUAACCCGAAGCGCUGUCACUACGGCACGUGUAAGGACGGCAUCGCUAUGUUCACGUGCGAGUGUGUCCCAGGGUACAUGGGUCAGAUCUGCAAUGAGCAGAUCAAUGAGUGCCAGAGCGACCCGUGCCAGAAUGGAGGGCGCUGCGUCGAUCGCGUCAACGAGUACCAGUGCCACUGCCUGCCAGGAACCUCUGGUGUGAACUGUGAGAUCAACCACAACGAUUGUUUAAGUAACCCAUGCCAGCACGGUGUGUGUAAAGAUGGAAUUAACAAGUACACGUGUGUGUGCAAGCCAGGAUACACAGGUGAGCGAUGCCACAUAGAGAUAGACGAGUGCAGCUCGAACCCGUGUCUCAGCGGAGGAACCUGUGUGGAUAAAGUGAACGGGUUUGAGUGUCAGUGUCCUGCAGGGACUCACGGCCUGCUCUGCCACUCCGGGGCGGAUCACUGUGCACCUCAACCGUGCCGCCAUGGAAAGUGCGAGGAGAAGCAGAAUGGGUACCACUGCGUGUGUUUUUCUGGAUAUGAGGGUCAGAACUGCGAUCAGGAGAAGAAUGAAUGCGAGUCCAACCCCUGUCUGCAUGGAGGAAGCUGUCAGGAUGGAGUGAACAGCUACACCUGCAAGUGCCAGCUUGGCUACACUGGUGUAAAUUGUGAGACAAACAUUAACGAGUGUCAGUCCAACCCCUGUGAGAACAGGGGCACCUGUGUGGAUGGAAUUAACAGCUACACUUGCUCCUGCCCUCAGUCUUACACAGGGAGACACUGUGAGCAUGAGUUAGUGCCGUGUGCGUCUCAGCCGUGUCAGAGAGGAGGUGUGUGUCAGCCCUCAGUGGAUUACACCACCUACACCUGCAAAUGUUCCAGUGGUUGGCAAGGAGCCCAUUGUACGGAGGACGUGGAUGAAUGCAAGAAGAACCCGUGUCUGAACGGUGCUCACUGUCUGAACAAUCAGGGAAGCUACGUGUGCAGCUGCCAGCCCGGGUACAGCGGCGUGAACUGCCAGACCAACAUCGACGACUGCAGCUCCAACCCCUGUAUCAACGGUGGCUCGUGCAUCGACAAAGUGGGCCGGUUCUCGUGCGAGUGCAGGCCGGGUUUCUAUGGCGAGCGAUGCGAGGAGGAGGUGAAUGAGUGCGAGAGCUCCCCCUGUAGGAACGGAGGAAAAUGCACAGAUUUUGUCAACAGCUACACGUGUCAGUGUAAGCCCGGCUUCACCGGCAUCAACUGCGAGCGCAACAUCCCCGAAUGCACAGAGACCUCGUGUCUGAAUAAUGGCACAUGUGUGGAUGGCAUAAACAGUUUCUCCUGCCGAUGUCGUCCCGGGUUCACUGGCUUAUUCUGCCAGUACGAGAUUAACGAGUGUGAAUCGCAGCCUUGCAAAAACGGCGGCACCUGCACCGACGGCCUGGGAACCUUCCAGUGCACCUGUCCUAUAGAGUACACCGGUCGACUCUGCCAGUCGAUGGCGAAUCUGUGCAGAAACAUCCAGUGUAAGAACGGCGGAGAGUGUGUGCAGCAGGGGUUGACGUGGAGCUGUCGGUGUCCUCAGGACUGGAGCGGACUCUACUGUGACAUCCCCAACAUUUCGUGCCAAAACGCCGCAAACAAGAAAGGUGGAGUAGUGGAGCAGCUGUGUCAGAAUGGUGGAGCGUGUAUAAACAAGGAUAAUACACACUUCUGCGCGUGUCAGCAGGGCUGGACGGGCAGCUACUGUGAGAUAAAUAUAGAUGAGUGUCUGUCCAGUCCCUGCAGGAACGGAGGGACGUGUGUGGACUAUCUAGGAGAAUAUGACUGCAAGUGUAAACCAGGGUAUCAGGGAGUGAACUGUGAGUACGAUAUCAAUGAGUGUCAAUCGAACCCAUGUCAUAACGGUGGAACCUGCAUCAACCUCGUGAACCACUUCUACUGCUCUUGCCCACCUGGAACCAAAGGUCAGCACUGCGAGGUGAACAUAGACGAGUGUUCCACCGAGUCCGGCCCGCCCUGUUUGAAUGGUGGUCGCUGCGUGGACGGUAUUGGUCACUACAAGUGUGUGUGUCCUCCUGGUUUUACUGGCGAGCGCUGUGAAGGUGACAUUAACGAGUGCCGUCCGUAUCCGUGCAACAAACUCGGCAGCCUUGACUGCGUCCAGCUAGCCAACGAUUAUCAGUGCCGCUGUCGCCUCGGUUACACCGGUCGCCUUUGUGAGUCGAUGGUAGAUCUUUGUCAGUCCAAACCCUGCCACAACGGAGGCAAAUGUUCCAUGAACACAAGCUCAGUCCAUGGAUACACCUGCACUUGUCUACCUGGCUAUACGGGCCCCAACUGCGGCGACCAUGAGGGCUACACCUGCGCCAACCUACGCUGUCAGAAUGGCGGACAUUGCCAGACGUCUCCCUCCGGCCAUCCGCAGUGCUUUUGCCUGUCCGGCUUCUCUGGCACGCUGUGCGAAAUGGAAAACCCGUCCUGUUCUUGCCAAAACGGAGGCAUGUGCAUAAAAGACCUGCACAAACCUUACUCCUUCUCUUGCCACUGCCCGUUUGGCUACAGUGGCGAGCACUGUCAGAACAAAGUCAGCUCCUCAUCCUGCCCUUACGUGGAGUGCCAGGAGCGUCGCGGCGACAAAGUCUGUGACCCGCAAUGUAGGAAUGUGGAGUGUGACUGGGACGGAGGAGACUGCACACUGCAGCGGCUCCGCCCGUGGGAGAACUGCACGGCCAACGUACCAUGCUGGAUGUACUUCCAUAACAACCGCUGCGACCCCGAGUGCAACAACCCCGGCUGCCUCUUCGACAGCUUCGAGUGCCAGACCAUCUCACCAUCCACACCCAGCACGUGCAAGUACAACGAUUACUGCCGUGACCACUACCAAAACGAACGCUGUAACGAGGGCUGUAACAACGAGGCGUGCGGCUGGGAUGGUCUGGACUGCGCUAUCGACAAGCCGGCUCAGCCUGCGGACGGCACGCUUGUCAUCGUGGUACUGCUGCACCCCAAAGAGCUGCUCGGGGAUAUGAAUGGCUUCCUGCGCUCACUUGGCAUGCUGCUCCACACUAACCUGCGCCUCAAACACAACGAUAAGAAGGAGCCCAUGAUCUUUCCGUAUUACGGCAACGAACAGGACAACUCGAACGCCGGCGCUGCGAAGCGACUCGGCAAGAGGGAGCUGAAGAGGGAGGUUAUCGGGUCCAAGGUGCAUCUGGAGAUCGAUAACCGUCAGUGCACCGAGACAUCCAACGAAUGUUUCUCCAGCACCGACCUGGCUGCCUCGUACAUCGCGGCCGAAUCCCUCAAAUCUCAGCUGAAUUAUCCCAUCAUCUCAGUGGACAGUUUACCAGAUACACCCACAGAUGUCCACCCUCUCCUCUACCCGGUCGCCGUGGCAGCGGCCAUCAUCCUGCUCAUCCUGAUUUUGGGUGUUUUGAUCGCCAAGCGUAAACGCAAACAUGGCGUCCUCUGGCUGCCGGAUGGCUUCCUGGCCAAGAAGGACAGCAAACGGAGAGAGCCCGUUGGCCAAGACGACUUCGGCAUGAAGAGCCUUCAGAAAUCACAGAUAGACGGCAGUGCUGGUCAUCACUGGCCAGAGGAGGAGCUCCGGCCCAAGAAGCCAAGGUUGGAAGAUAAGCCGUUGUUGGGAGUGGACACAGGAGUGGAUCGCCGUGAGUGGACUCUGCAGCACCAUAAAGCUGCCGAUAUCACCCUCACGCCACCUCAGGCUGAUAUCGACAUGGACUGUCUGGAUGUCAACGUGAAAGGACCUGAUGGCUUCACUCCUCUAAUGCUGGCAUCUCUGCGUGGUGGCAGCAGUCCCGAGUGCGUCAGCGUCUUAGCCGAAGAAGAGGAGGAGAGCGGAAUCGAUGAACCCGGGACGAACAUCAUCAGCGACCUGAUCGCUCAGGGUGCUACGCUCAACGCACAGACAGAGCGCACAGGUGAGACGGCUCUUCAUCUGGCCGCCCGUUACGCCCGUGCCGACGCCGCCAAGAGGCUGCUGGACGCCGGCGCCGACCCCAACGCUCAUGACAACAUGGGUCGCACACCGCUGCACGCCGCCAUCGCCGCCGAUGCUCAGGGCGUAUUCCAGAUCCUGAUCCGUAAUCGUGCCACGGAGCUGGACUCCAGGAUGAACGAUGGAACGACUCCUUUAAUCCUGGCAGCCAGGUUGGCUGUGGAGGGCAUGGUGGAGGAGCUGGUGCACUGCCACGCCGAUGUAAAUGCUGUGGACGAUCAUGGUAAAUCCGCUCUGCACUGGGCUGCUGCCGUGAACAAUGUGGAGGCCACGCUGGUGCUGCUGAAGAAUGGUGCCAAUCGUGACAUGCAGGACAACAAGGAGGAAACGCCAUUGUUCCUAGCUGCACGUGAAGGCAGCUUCGAGGCGGCUCAGGUCCUCCUGGAUCACUACUCCAACCGUGACAUCACCGAUCACCUGGACCGGUUGCCACGUGACACGGCUCAGGAACGCAUGCACCACGACAUUGUUCGCCUGCUCGACCAGUACAAUCUGGUGCACAGCCCACAUUCUGGAUCGAACCAUGUAGGAAACGGCGGGGGAGGACACCCCUCCGUGGUCUGCACCAGUAACGGAGUCGUCGGCAUGCGAGCGGGACAGCAAAACAAGAAGAACCGCCGUGGUGGAGGUGCCAAACUAGGCGGCCCUAAUGGUGCUGGGGGCGGAGUCAAAGAUCUUAAGGAGAUGAAAACAAAGCGGAGGAAGAAACCAGCCGGAGGAGAAGCGUCAGGAUUGGCUACAUCCAGUGGUAACAUGGCACCCGUGACUGCUAACUCUAACGGCACCAAAGGAGCAACAACAGCCGGCACGGGUGGUCUUUCCGAAAGCUCAGUCACAAUGUCACCAGUGGAUUCGCUAGAAUCGCCGCAUUCGUACACUACGGAUGCCUCAGGUGCUGCUAGCAUGGCCAAAUCACCGCCGCUGAUGACCAGUCCGUCAACACGCCCCCUCCUGCCCCCUGUCAGCCACAUGCUGGGUCAGCAACCGGGCUGGGUGGGCGUGACUAAGCAUAGCUAUGCAGCGCCCCAUGUUUUCAGUCACAUGCUCUCCCACCAGAUGGCGGUGGCGCACUCGGGCAUGGCGCAGCACCAUCACGGCUCGGGGAUCCUCGGGCCCGUGAAUGUUUCUGUGAGCCGCGAGCAGCUUCCAUCAAUCGUCACCUUCCAGAUGAACCAGGCACUUCUCAAACCAAACCAGCAGGGGGCUAUGCAGGUGAGUCAGUCCCAGACCCAGGGCCUUAACCACAUGCACUGUGGCCAGGAGAUGAUGUAUCCCAUGCAGGAGGCAGGGCUACAGCAUGGCAUCCCUCACCUGCAUGGCCUCGCCCAUAACAUCGCGGAGCCUCAGGUGAGGCAGGUGACGCCGUACCACCAGCAACUGCAGAGCCCUGUGGAUAAAUACCCGACUCCUCCCUCGCACCGCAGUUACGGUAGCGGUGCCGGGUCAGAGGUGGUGACGACUCCGGGUCAGGGCUCUGAGGUCACGACCCCGGGUCACGGAGCUCCUCCCUCUGGCGAGCACCCGUACCUGACGCCGUCUCCCGAGUCGCCCGAUCCCUGGUCCUCCUCGUCUUCGCCACACUCGCAUUCAGACUGGUCCGACGUAACCACAAGCCCACACGCCGCGCUGCACACGCACGCGCACCCUCACACACAUGCACACACUCAUGUUUCAGAGCAGGCUCCUCUGCUGCAGCCGCAGCCCUCGCAGCCGGCGCAGACGCCACUGCAGCAGCAAGCAUGCAGCAGUGUGUACGCGUAAUAACGCAGAGGAACUGCUUGUUGCUGUCUUAACCUGACUGUGGUGUUUAUAUGCAGUUUAACUCCAUAAAAUGGAGCUUUAUCAGCAUAAAUCUGUCUCUCUCUCUCUCUCUGUCAGUGCUCUGUCUUUUUUAUACACUAUGCAGAUAGUCACCUGUGGAGUUUAUAUGCAAUUAGUAACCCUCCUUUUAUUCAGUGACACAGAGAACGAAGCGUUCUCGUGACGCUCAAUCCGAUUCUGGACUGACAAAAACUUUAAAACUGUUUACACUUGCACUCACGUCAUGGCUCUUGGAUCUGGUUUGAAUUGUGGAAAGAUGAGAAGCAUUGUGCAGUCGAAUGCGUCUCCCGGUUAUUCAGGUUUCCACGUAAUCUGCACACCUGCUCGGACACUCUGGCGUUCUUCUUCUUCUUCUGGCUGCCUUAUUCUGAUAACAAAUAAUCUUAAUAAUCAAAAGAAAUCUUUUUGUCUUGUCUGAACUGGGAUCAAAUAUGAAUAUUUCAAACACAUUUCGGUGUAAACAAUCCAUACACACCACAUAUACGACAUGAGCCUUUAGAUGAACGAGGCGAGGGUAAAAAAAAAAAGGCACAUACGGAGGACUUGUGAUGAAUUACAUCGGAUAAUCGGAUGUUUCUCUGUGGACAAUCGCAACAAAGCAGAGACAAAUGAGCUGGACUUAAGUGUUUCAACAUGGUGGCCAUGUUUUUUUUUUGUUUUUUGUUUUUUUUAAUAUCUUGAAGGAAAUUGGAUCUUGAAUAAAGUGCAACCACUCUUUUAUUUUUUCUUUCUUUUUUUUUUUAUUUCAUUUGAAUUAUUGCUGUUUCCAAAGCUUAUAUAUCAUUAAGGAUGGACUUACUAACCAUUGUAAAUGUUUUUAUUUUUUAAUGUGUAAUGGGUCAUGGUUACAUUUGAGCUAAAACUGCCUUGUUGUAUUGUUUUUGUUGUCUUUUUUGUUGUUGUUGUUAUACACCAACGUGUACAGCCAGAGUCUGUCUCACAGUGACGCAACGCCUUCGUUUCAGUUACAGGAAUCUCUAUAAUUCUUAGUGUUUGAUUUCAAGGUGUCUUGAUGUCAGACAGGCUCUGAUCUGACCCGCCUCUGGUUUCUAAUGGAGAUGUUGCUUAGUUGUGAUAUUUUUUGCAUGACUUUGACGGCCUCGAGAUUGUGAUUCGCUGUCGGAAAACAAAUCUUUGUGCCUUUUGUUAGAAAUGAGCAUUGGGUAAUGAUGAUGAUAGGUUUCAACACACAUUUCAGAACUUCUUUAACUAACUGCGCUCCUUUCAGGAGAAAUCGACAAAUUUGAAUGUGCUGUAUAUUCAGAGAACUAUAUAUAUAUAUAUAUAUAUAUAUAUAUAUAUAUAUAUAUAUAUAUAUAUAUAUAUAUAUAUAUAUAUAUAUAUAUAUGUAUAUAUAUAUAUAUAUGUAUAUAUAUAUAAAGCAAGCGACAAAUCCUCGUGGUUGACUCCAGAGAAUCCCGGAUCAGCAUUCAGUUCCCAUCUUAAAGGUCUCAUGUUACUGCGGAUCUGCAGAACCUAAAAAAAUUUCUGAAAGCUUUCAAAAAAUGUAAGCUUGGGAUUUUUGUUGUGGUACAAGUAGUAAUCAACUUGUUAUUGCUAGACAGGCCACGCCCACAAACCAAACCAAGCCAGAGAUUUGCUAGUGACAAUCGCAUCCUGAUUUCACACCGCUGCUGCAUCCUCACGCCAAUCCGAGUGAAAGGACGUCAGCUUCAAAUCAAAAAAAUUAUUUUUAUAAGCAUUUGUUUAAGUUAAAAAAACAC